GGAUUGGUUCAUGGGACUGCUGGGAGAAAAACUUGGACUGCACUUCGACCAGACAUUCCACGGGCUCUGUCCGAGCAAACAGCCACCUAUCUUUGGUGACUUCCUCAACACUAAUGAAAUUUACGAGGACAUCCUGGACUUUGCCACGCUGAAGCAGUACAUGGAGAACCAGUUGAAGGAGUAUAACGCGACGCCAGGCGUUGUGUCGAUGGAACUAGUACUUUUCAGGGAUGCCAUCUGCCACAUUUGUCGCACCGUGCGCGUUCUGAAACUGCCCAGAGGAAACAUGCUUGUCGUCGGUAUCGGUGGCAGCGGCCGGCAGUCGCUGACCCGACUGGCCGCCUACAUCUGCGGCCUCUCGGUGUUCGUCAUCGAGGUCAAUAAGCACUACCACCGACCCGAGUUCAGAGAGGAUCUCAAGGUGCUCUAUCGGGCAACGGGCCUCGAAAACAAACCGACCGUCUUCAUUUUCAGCGACGCCCAGGUCACGGAGGAAACGUUCCUUGAAGAUAUCAACAACAUCCUAAGCAGCGGGGAAGUGCCAAACCUCUACAAACCGGAGGAGCUCGAAGAGAUACGCAACACACUACAGCCGGUGGCGGCUAGGGAGGGUAUCCCUGAGACGCCAGAGAACCUGUACGGCCUGCUUUUGGACCGAGUCAGGUCAAAUCUCCACCUCUGCGUGUGUAUGAGCCCCGUCGGAGACGCCUUCAGGAACCGUAUUCGCAUGUACCCUGGCCUGGUCAACUGCUCCACGAUUGACUGGUUCGGAGAUUGGCCACAAGAAGCUCUGAUGGAAGUAGCCGAGAGGUAUUUGGAAGGCAUCGACCUAAACCUAGGCGCCGAUACGGAACUAUUGAAGGACGAGCUGCAGGCUGCUGUGGCUCACACGUUCUCCGUAAUUCACCGCUCCGUGUCCAACUACUCGGCUCGGAUGCUGGCGAGGUGCGGCGACACAACUACGUCACCUCCACCAGCUACCUGCAGCUGGUGGCCGGCUACAAACAUCUACUUGGGCGAGAAGCGCAAGGAACUGGGAGAAGCCGCUGACAAGCUGAGGAAUGGUCUGUUCAAGAUUGACGAGACCAGUGUCAAAGUCGAAUCCAUGUCCGUUGAACUGGAAAUCGCCAAAGGAAAAGUGGCCGAGUUCCAGCAGCAGUGCGAGUACCUGGUCAUCAUUGUCCAACAGACCCGGGAGGCCGACGAACAGCAGCGCUCCGUCCAGCUCAGGUCUCAAAAGAUUGCCGAGGAGGAGCUGCAGUGUAAGGCCAUGGCCGAGGUGGCUCUGGCAGAGCUGGAGGAGGUGCUGCCCGUCCUGGAAGAGGCCGUCAGGGCACUGGACGCCCUCUCGAAGCGGGACCUGAACGAGAUCAAGUCGUACGCCCGACCUCCGCCGCUGGUAGAGAAGGUCAUGGAGGCAGUGAUGCUUCUGAAGUGCGUCGAACCCACCUGGGCAGAGGCGAAACGACAGCUGGGAGACCCGAACUUCAUCACACAGCUGCGUGACUUCGACAAGGACCACAUCAGCGACAAGACGCUGAAGAAGGUCGGCGGAUACGUGGUGCAGGCCGACUUUGACCCGGACAUGGUCGGAAAACAGUCGCUGGCUGCCAAGUCGCUCUGUCUGUGGGUACGAGCCAUCGAGUCGUACGGACGCGUCUACAGGGUGGUGGAGCCGAAGAAGAUGCGUCUGAUGUCGGCUGAGCGUAUCCUAGCCGAGAAGCAGAAGAACCUGGCAGACGCUAAGGCGAAGCUGCAGGAGCUCAGCGAGCGGCUGGCAAAGCUGCAGACCGAGUACAACGAGAAGCUGGCGCAGAAGGAGGAGCUCAGGAUCAAGGCGGAGAGCCUGGAGCUGAAGUUGGACCGCGCGGCCAAGAUCGUCAGCGGCCUGGCCGGCGAGAAGGUCCGCUGGACACAGACCGUGAAGGACUUGGACGAAAACUUUGGCUACCUGGUCGGGGACUGCCUGAUCGCUGCCGCCUUUGUCUCCUAUAUGGGACCGUUUACGUCCAACUACCGGGACGAGAUCGUCUCGAGCAUUUGGUUACCGGAGGUGCGCGGGAAGCUGGUGCCCUGCUCGCCGACGUUCGAGCUGUGCGAGUUCCUGGCCAAGCCGACGGUGGUACGCGACUGGAACAUCCAGGGCCUGCCGUCCAACCCGUUCAGCGUGGAGAACGGCAUCAUCGCCACGCGCGGACAGCGCUGGCCGCUGCUCAUCGACCCGCAGGGGCAGGGCCUGCGCUGGAUCAAAAACAUGGAACACAAACAGGGUCUGAAAGUGAUCGACCUGCAGCAGACCAACUUCCUAUCGGUGCUGGAGCGCUCCGUCACGUUCGGCCACCCGGUGCUGCUACAGAACGUCCAGGAGACGUUGGAUGCCUCGCUCAACCCCAUACUCACAAAGUCUGUCAUCAAACAGGGUGACGCUCUGUACACCAAGAUCGGCGACAAGGAGGUGGAGUACAACCCGCUGUUCCGCUUCUACAUCAGCACCAAGCUGUCAAACCCGCACUACCCGCCUGAGAUCGCCACUAAGACCACCAUCAUCAACUUCACCGUCAAGGAGGACGGUCUGGAGCAGCAGCUGCUGGGUAUCGUGGUCCGCAAGGAGCGGCCCGAGCUGGAGGAGCAGAAGGACGCCCUCGUCACCAACAUCGCCGCCGGCAAACUGAAGCUCAUCGAGCUGGAGGACGCCGUGCUCAGACUGCUGAAGACGGAGGGUUCGCUGCUGGAGGACGAGGCUCUGGUGGUGACGCUACAGUCGUGCAAGACCACCUCGGCCGACGUCACCGAACAGCUGGAGACCGCCGAGGAGACAGAGAUCAAGAUCGACGCCGCUCGGGAGGCGUAUCGUCCGUGCGCGCGGCGCGCCUCGAUCCUGUUCUUCGUGCUGACCGACCUGGGCAAGAUCGACCCGAUGUACCAGUUCUCGCUGGACGCCUACGUAGAUCUGUUCACCCACUCCAUCGAUAAGGCGCAGAGGAGCCCAAAGCUGGAGAACCGCAUACAGAACAUGAACGACUAUCACACCUACGCCGUGUACAAGUACGCCUGCCGCGGCCUGUUCGAGCGGCACAAGCUGCUCUUCUCCUUCCACAUGUGCAUCAAGAUGCUGGAGAGCCAGUCGGCCGUCAACACGGACGAGUACCUGUUCUUCCUCAAGGGUGGAGUCGUGCUCGACAGGGAGGAGCAGAUGGACAACCCGUGCCCCGAGUGGCUGUCGGACUCUGCGUGGGACAACAUUACCGAGCUGGAGCGUCUGGCCAACUUCCACGGCGUGAUUCAGUCGUUUGAGCAGGGCCACCGCGACUGGUACGCCUGGUACACGUCGCCCGAGCCCGAGCGAGCCUCGCUGCCCGGCGAGUGGGACACGUCGUGCUCGGAGCUGCAGCGGAUGAUCUUUGUUCGCUCACUGCGCCCGGACCGGGUCAGCGUAUGUGUGUCCACGUUCGUCAUCCACAACCUGGGGCAGCGCUUCGUCGAGCCGCCCGUGCUCGACUUCCACAGCGUGCUGGAGGACUCUGCGGCCAAGACGCCGCUCAUCUUCAUCCUGUCUCCGGGCGUAGACCCGACCACGGCUCUGCUCCAGCUGGCCGAGCAGAACGAGAUGAUGGACCGCUUCUACAGCCUCAGCCUGGGACAGGGACAGGCGCCCAUCGCCACACGUCUGCUGGAGAUGGGUAAACGGGACGGCGGCUGGGUGUUCCUGGCCAACUGUCAUCUCUCGCUCUCCUGGAUGCCCGAGCUCGACAAGAUGGUGGAGGAGAUACAGGACGGCGGCGCCAACCCCGAGUUCCGUCUGUGGCUCAGCUCCAGCCCGCACCCCGACUUCCCCAUCUCCAUCCUUCAGAACGGCAUCAAAAUCACCACCGAACCGCCCAAGGGCAUCAAGGCCAACAUCAAGCGUCUGUACCAGAACAUGACGGAGGCGCAGUUCACCGCCUGUCCGCGCCAGAGCAACUACAAGAAGCUGCUCUUCUCGCUGUGCUUCUUCCACUCGGUGCUGCUGGAGCGGCGCAAGUUCCAGCAGCUCGGCUGGAACAUCCUCUACGGGUUCAACGACUCAGACUUCGAGGUGUCUGAGUCGCUGCUGUCGAUCUACCUGCGCGAGUACGAGGACCCGCCGUGGGACGCGCUCAAGUACCUGAUCGCGGGCGUCAUGUACGGCGGGCACGUCACUGACGACUGGGACCGACGCCUGCUCAUGACCUACAUCAACCAGAUGUUCAACGAGGACGUGCUCAACGUCACAUACUACAAGCUGUCGUCCCUGGCACACUACUACAUCCCUCGGGACGGCCACCUGUCCUACUACCAGGACUUCAGCAACAGCCUGCCCAUGGUGGACCACCCGGAGGCGUUCGGACAGCACCCGAACGCCGACAUCGCCAGCAGUAUCGGAGACGCACGGGUGCUGUUCGAGACGCUGCUGUCGCUGCAGCCGGCCGUGGCCGCCGCGGCCGACGGACAGAGCUCCGACGAUAAGGUGAUCGGUCUGGCCAACGACGUGCUGACCAAGAUGCCGGACCUGAUCGACUUCGAGAGCACGCAGAAGAUUCUCUCCAACGACCCGUGUCCGCUGAAUGUGGUCCUGCUGCAGGAGAUUCAGCGUUACAACGUUCUGCUGGUGAUCAUCCGCCGAUCGCUGGAGGACCUCAAGAAGGGCAUCAAGGGCCUGGUGGUGAUGUCCUCUGACCUCGAGGAGGUGUUCGUCUGCGUCCUGGAGGGUCGCGUGCCGCCGCCCUGGCUCAAAGCCUACCCGUCGAUGAAGUCUCUGGGCUCGUGGACGCGGGACCUGGUGCAGCGUGUGGAGCAGUUCUCCGAGUGGUCGGAGCGCGCCCGGCCGCCCACGGCCUUCUGGCUGGCCGCCUUCACGUUCCCCACCGGGUUCCUGACAGCGGUGCUGCAGACGGCUGCCCGGCAGCUGCACCUCAGUGUCGACUCGCUGGCCUGGGAGUUUUACGUGCACAACCAGAACGACUCGACCACCAACCUGCUGCCGCAUGAGGGAGUGUAUAUCUGCGGGAUGUUCCUGGAGGGCGCCGGCUGGGACGUCAACAAGCGCUGUCUGGUCGAGGCCGCGCCAAUGCAGCUCGUCACACCAAUGCCCAUCGUACACUUUAAACCCGUGGAGAAUAAGAAGAAAAGCGGAAAAGGACUGUACACGUGUCCGGCGUAUUACUACCCGAACCGGUCGGGCACCGGUCACUACCCGUCCUUUGUGGUGGCCGUGGACCUGCGCUCCGGCGACUCCCCCUCCGACCACUGGAUUCGACGGGCGGCCGCUCUGCUCCUCAGUCUGUCAGACUAAUGGGGGGGGGGGGGUAGUGCGGGCUGCGUGAGGACCGUGGGAGCUGUGGCAGAGGAGUGGGGAGUGCUGGCAGGUCAAAAGGGGGCGUCAGGUUAGGUCAUGGGAGUGAGGAGAUCCGAUAGGUUAUCAUGGGCCAAGGGUAGUGAGAGAUGGCCCUUCUAGUCAUUCAGGUUGUCAGAUCGGAUAGGGUUGAAAUGCGAGUGAGUCGUGCGUUUGAGUAACGGGAUUAGUUUUCGUUAGCCAGUGAAGAAAAAGAAAAUAGUGAUCUCAGAUGAUCUUUCAUUGUAAAUAGUGCUGAAGAAUCGUGUAAUUUGAUCGUGAACGGAUUGUGAUAUGCGAUUGUGGCCCAAGCUACGCUCGUUAGAAUUUAACGAGAGACGCUUCGACUGAAUGGAUAUGUAAUGGAGUGAAGAAGCGCUGACGAACAACUGUGAUAGCUACCCAGCGAUCUCAAAUCAUGGUCUCCUGACUCGUGUUUUCUAGUCCGCCGUCCCAUAGUGUACAAAUGUAUAUUUUAGGUGACUCAUGUCGUACUGUGUCGUAAUGAUUUGUUGCAAUCAUGUUCAUCGAUUGUUCGAUCUUUUCGAUGGUCAGUAAAGAAAAAAAGCAUUAAUCUCUAUUGUUAACAUUUAAACCGUUCUAGUCAACCGUACAAACGUUUAUUUCUUGCCAUAGUGCCUAUAUUGUGUUCGAAGCGUUUCAACCCGCUCAGUUGGGUUACAUGAUAACUAUGCCUAAAAGACAAUUUCUUCAUGCGAAUUUGUAUUUACACGUUUUGUUCAAAAUACAGGAAUGUAUCGGUCAA